CCGAAUUCUCUAUACCACCCCAGAUCCUCUUCCAUGUGUAGCUAUGCACCGCCACAGCACACCCUGGGGACCGGCUUGACGCGCUUCUCUGCUGACCUCACAGAUUCACCCCAAGACGAAGCGAUGCUGGAGAGACUGCCCAUGUGCAGAUACUUCGCAGCCUUCAGAGACACCGAGAAUCGCAUGACGACUCUGCCUAUGGCACGUGGUCAAUGCCAGACAUCUCUGAGACGAGGACGCGCACAAGAUGCUGUAUUAUGCAGACACUUGGGCACGCAAUCAAUCCUCCAAGAACUUUCCAUGAAUUUGAAGAGUUGCAGACGACUCUGCCACAGCAGAUGAUCGAUAUUCAACCUCAAAGAGAUCACGAUGCGCUGAAGACACUGUCAUCAUACAGACACUUCUUACGCGCACGAAUUUCCAUGAGUGAAAGAAUUGCAGACGACUCUGCCACGGCAGAUGAUCGAUGCUCAACCUCAACGAGAUCACGAUGCGAAGAAGACACUUCUUACGUACACGAAUUUCCUUGAGUGAAAGAAUUGCAGACGACUCUGCCACAGCAGAUGAUCAAUGCCUCAGACCACCGAGACUAAGGCGCGCAGAAGUUACUGUCACCAUGCAGACACUCUGCACGUACCUUGCAUGAAUCAAAAGAAUCGGGGAAGACACUGCAACAGCAGAUGACCACUGCCCAAAGAGACGAAGAUGAGCAGAAGAGAUUGCCACGAGCAGUCACUUUGCCAGUCUUCACAAAGACGAUGAUCUUUCAUGACCAAACACUGCCAUCGUGCAGGCUGCAAUGAUGGUCAACGGGUGGCCAUUGACUUGCAAAGUCAUACAAACGUAGAGGGACCCCCUGGGGAUACACAAACGCACAAACACCACGAUUUGCCUGCUUUCCGGCUCAUACACAUAGCCUCCAAGCUACUUCAUCUCAAUCAGUGGAAGAAGAACUUCAUUUACUUGAAGGGGAUCUUAGCAGGCCCUCGUCUACUCCACCCUUCUCUGCCUUGAUUCAAGUGGCGGUUGGAGGACUAAUCAC